GGAAACCAGUAUUCUGUUCUCCAUAGAAACGCGCCAGAACCGCCGCUGACCCUCGUCAGGUGUUCCCGGAGAAGAGUCUGGGUGAGGGGAUUAGAGCGAAGGAAGUUUAGGGAAGUAAGUUGGGCUCUGAAGAGGUCGCUGCAGGCUCAGGAGAGACUUAAGUCCGUGUGUGGGUCAGUCUGUAGCGAAGGGUUGGGGAGGAGAGGGGCGGCCUAACGGCCUCUGGGUAAGUUGUUGCUCCCUUGAGUCGGUGAAGGUAGCGCAGGGGGGGCUGUGUCUUUUGGAGGUGAGCAUGGAGGAGUCUGUACUGUAUGUAAUCGAGAUGUUUUUGAGGUCAGUCAUGGGGCGGGGCUCUGGUGGUCAGUGAUUGAAGGUCUGAACAGAUCAACUACCGAGAGUCCUGAAGUCUGGAUUUAAAGGCUUCGAGGGUCACUCUCCUUGUAGGUGAUUGACAACUGGCGGCGUGGUGUUUGUCAUUGAAGGCGGCGUCUGGCGUGGAUUCUGGAAUAAUUUGGAGCUCAGUAAUCGAGGAAUCAUUAAGGGAAGUCAGUGUGCGUGUGUCGCCGGUACGGGUUUAAUAUUACCUGUCUUUUGUGCAGGGUUGUGUUACAACAGGAUUGGAGGUUCAGGAACACUGGCUGGUCCGUGCGUUGCCUCAGACCCGCUCCUGGAACAGAGUUGUUGAAUGUUAACAUUCCUAGAAAGCUUCAGGCCCAAAUCCCUCCUCCAUAUAAUUUUCUGAUGUUUUUUGGCUCCCCACAUCAUCCCAUCCCUUUGAACCUGCAGAAAUGAAAGUUUUUGGGGGAGACGAACGAUUCAGAUUUAAAAUUAAUUAGCCUUUUAUUUAAGAUUUUGUGUUUAUCCUUCUAUAGUUUUUGUGUAUUCUCUUGGAUAUUUCCUUUCAGGUUACAUAUGUAUGUAAAGGCUUCUAUUUUCCCAGUAUUAAUAUUUUUGAGGUGUUUUAAAUUUAAGAAAAAAAUUUUUUGAGGUGUUUUUUAAAAUUUGUAUCUAUAGCUUAUAUUCCUUCCCUUUUUUUGGUGUGUUCAUUGUUCCUCAUAUUGAAGUAUAUGUAGAUAGGGGGUGUAAAGACUUUUAAAGAGAUAGUAGAGCAACAUAGUUUAAAGGAAAAGUUCACUGUUCCUCAGUGUGCAUAUGGCCUCAUUUCUAAAAUUGACCUGAAAAUUACCUGCCAUGAGGCAUAUUUCUGUUCUGAUUCUCCUUUGCCAUUUUGCCCUUACUUGUUAUUUCUACACAUUCAGAGUCUUAUGCCUAAGGCAUGAUUUCUGAAGAACCAAGUAAAGAGACGAAAUACUGGGAUGUGUUAAGGUGAGUGCAUAGCAAGAGACAAUGUAACACUGAAAGUAAUUUUGUUCUUAGACCCACAGGUCCUGACAAGAGACAAGAAAUGAAUGAAGAAAAAGGCAGUCCCAGGACUUAGGUAGUGUCAUCUCUGGACCACUUUUGACUGGUGACUAGAUUUCUAACUAGAAAUUUAGAGCAUAUCCAGAAGAGACAAAGACAGAAUAUCCCAGUUGCUGGCCAUUUCUCAAAACAGAAGAAAAUGAUCAAUGCCCAGGAAUCGCUGACACUGGAAGAUGUGGCCGUGGACUUCACCUGGGAGGAGUGGCAGCUCCUGGCCCCCGCCCAGAAGGAGCUGUACCGGGACGUGAUGUUGGAAAACUACAGCAACCUGGUGUCAGUCGGGUAUCAAGCCAGCAAACCAGAUGCACUCUCCAAGCUGGAACGAGGGGAGGAACCGUGGGCGAAACAGGAGGAAGUCCCUAGUGGAACCCGGCCAGAACUUAGCAAAGUUGAUAAUCACCUGCAAGGUCACUGGGAAAAUCCAAGAAUGCUGAAAGGUAUGGAAAAAAACCACAAACACAAUGCAUUUGGAAAUAUUGUUCCUCAAAGCAAAAGUCAUUUUACUUCCAGGCAAAAUCAUAUGCUUGAGUUCUAUAUAAAAACUUUGAAAUCAAAUUUAAGUUUAGUCAACCAGAGCAAAAGCUAUGAAAUUAAAAACUCUACUAAAUUCAAUGGAGAUGAGAAGUUAUUUCUGCCUGAGAAGCAUGAAGAUUUUCAUUCUGCUGUUAAACUCCCUGUAAGUGCAAAACCUAUUAACAAUAAGUCCCAAGUCAUUAAGCAUCAGAGGACUCGUGAAAUAGAGAAACCCCAUGUAUGCAGUGAAUGUGGAAAAGCCUUCAUUAAGAAGUCUCAGCUCACAGAUCAUAACAGAGUUCAUACAGGAGAGAAACCUUAUGGAUGCAAUAUUUGUGCAAAAGUAUUCUCCAGAAAGUCCAGGCUCAAUGAACAUCAGAGAAUUCAUAAAAGAGAGAAAUCCUUUCUAUGUAAUGAUUGUGGAAAAGUCUUCACCAUGAAGAGCCGUCUAAUUGAACACCAGCGAACUCACACUGGAGAGAAACCCUAUGUAUGCAGCGAAUGUGGAAAAGGUUUCCCAGGGAAGCGUAAUCUCAUUGUACAUCAGCGAAAUCAUACUGGAGAGAAAUGCUAUGUGUGCAGUGAAUGUGGAAAAGGCUUCACUGGGAAGAGCAUGCUCGUCAUACACCAGCGAACUCAUACAGGAGAGAAACCCUACAUCUGCAGUGAAUGUGGGAAAGGCUUCACCACGAAGCACUAUGUCAUCAUACAUCAACGAAAUCACACAGGAGAGAAGCCCUAUAUAUGCAGUGAAUGUGGGAAAGGUUUCACGAUGAAGAGUCGACUGAUUGAACAUCAGCGAACUCACACAGGUGAGAAACCCUACGUAUGUGACGAAUGUGGAAAAGGCUUUCCCAGGAAGAGUAAUCUCAUUGUACAUCAGAGAAAUCAUACAGUAGAGAAAUCCUAUGUGUGCAGUGAAUGUGGAAAAGGUUUCACCGUGAAGAGCAUGCUCGUCAUACACCAACGAACUCAUACAGGAGAGAAACCCUACAUCUGCAGUGAAUGUGGGAAAGGCUUCCCCUUGAAGAGUCGGCUGGUCGUACAUCAGCGAACACAUACUGGAGAGAAACCUUACAGGUGCAGUGAAUGUGGGAAAGGUUUCAUUGUGAAUAGCGGACUGAUGUUACAUCAGCGAACUCACACUGGAGAGAAACCCUAUGUAUGCAAUAAAUGUGGAAAAGGUUUUGCCUUUAAGAGCAAUCUUGUGGUACAUCAGCGAACUCAUACUGGAGAGAAACCCUUUACGUGCAGUGAAUGUGGAAAAGGCUUCACCAUGAAACGCUAUCUCAUUGUACAUCAACAAAUCCAUACAGGAGAGAAAUCCUACAUAUGCAGCGAAUGUGGCAAAGGCUUUGCUAUGGAAACUGAGCUCAUUUUACAUCAGCAAAUUCAUACUGGAGAGAAACCUUAUGCAUGCAAUGAAUGUGGUAAAGGCUUCACUGUGAAAAGCCGACUAAUCGUUCAUCAGCGAACUCAUACAGGAGAGAAGCCUUUUAUAUGCAGCGAAUGUGGGAAAGGCUUCUCCUCAAAGAGAAACCUUAUUGUACAUCAGAGGACUCAUAAUGGAAACAAACCCCAAUGACGCAAUGAAUAUGGUCACAUGCUCAGGAGGAAAAUAUGCCUUGUGCACCAUCAGAGAUUUCACACAGAAUCGACUUCCUUUAUUUGUACUGACUGGAAAAUCCCAUCCAUUACCCACCAGGGAAUUUAUGCAGCAGAUAAACUAUGUAUACAGUUAAUGGAAGAAAGCCUUCAAUACCAAGUCAGCACCCAUUGUACAUCAAAGAAUUCAUAGAAUAGAAAAACUCUAUGGAUUUAAUAACCGGGGGCCACCUUUCUCUCAUUUGUCAAGCCUUGUUAAUACACACACAAAAAUGUGUAAGUCAAGGUACAUAAGCCUUUGCAGAGAAUCUGAACUCAUUACAUACAAGUGAACUCAUGCAGGGGACAAACCGUGAUAGUUCAGUGAACUCGUUAAACAUCAGUGUGCUCCCAGCAUACCUGAAUAUAGUCAGUAUAGGUUAAUUAGCCUGUUCUCGAUUUUCACCCUUGGGAAAUACGGAAUUUGCAUAGGAGUGAAGUUUAAUGAAUUCAGAGAAUGUGCUAGUGCCUUCAGUGAUCAAUUACCUCACAUUGUAUGUCAAAACAGGAAAAAAAAACCUGAUACAUUCAAUGCAUAAAAGUCCUGAGGAAACAUUUCUAGGUUAUUACAUAUCUGAAAAAUAGAUAUUAGGAUGAAUCUUACGAAUGGAGAGAGUAGGAAAGGCUCCUAUUGGGAAUACAGACUCUGUCUCAUCAGUGAUCAUAAUAGAUGCUAAGACCAGUGAGCUUACACAUAGUAGCAACGUGAUGAUUGUGCAGAAGCCUUUGCCUAGAAGCAAAACCUCAAUAGUUGUGUGAUAUUCAUGUUGGAGGAAAAUCCAGUGAAUAUAAAUUUUAACGAUACAUUCUGCCUCAUCAUUUCUCAUGAAUUCAUACAGACAUAAAACUCAUGAACACACUAAAUGUGGAGUAAUUAGCAAAUUAUCAGAAAUUUUGAAGGAAAGAAGCCUCAUGAAAACAAUGCAUACCUGAGUUUUCCAUCACAAGUCUAAAAAGGUCUACAUCUGAUGUCCAUUUUGGGUAGGAUACCUUGACCGAUAUUCUCAGUGAUGCCAUCAUUUUAAAGUAGGCUAUUCUCAACACUGAUUAUAUUUUAAUGUACACAAUGCAGGGGUGUUCUGGGCCCCACUUGUAUCAUUAUAUGGUUAGCUCUUGCAUUUCUUAGGUUCUAAAGUCCUCUCUUUCAGGCAAAAGAAAAAGGAAUAUAUUUAUAAAUGUAAUUUAACAUAUUAGGGUAUAUUUAUUCAAGUUUGUAAGUAGUUUACAAAAAUAACCUUAUAUAUGAUUUUUUCGAAGUUUUUUGAAAUAAUUUUAGAUUCAUAAAAAAUUAUAGCAUAUCAAAGUUCCUGAGUACUGUACUCAGCUUCUUCAGUGACAUUAUCUUACAUAACUGUAAUACAUAAUCAAAACCAAUAAAAUGACAUUAGUACAAUGCUGUUAAGUAAACUAUAGACCUUAUUUGGUUUUCACUAGUGUUUGCAUGCAUUAAUUUAUGUGAGAUUUUGUUUUGUUUUUUAGUGUAGCAUUCUAAGAAACUUUAUCCCAUAUAUAGAUUCCUGUAAAUCCCACCACAAUCAGGAUGCAGAAUUGAUGUGCCAACACAAAGAAACAUCCAUGUGCUGUCCCUUUAUAAUCACACUCUCCCCACAACCUUGACCUGUGGCGACCACUGACCAGUACUCCAUCACUCUGAUUUUGUCAUUUCAAGGAUGCUGUUAAAAUGGAAUGUUACGGUGUGACCUUUGGGAUAGGCUUUAUUUCACGCAGCAGAUUGCCCUUAAGGUUCAUCCAAUUUGUUGGCAUAUAAAUAGUUUUACUUUUUGUUACUGAAUAGUAUUCUUUUGCUAUGAAUGUACCAUGGUUUAUCUGUUCAAUGUUGGUGGACUUUGGGUUAUUUCUAGUGUUUCACUGUUAUGAAUAAAGAUGCUAUGAAUCCA